GCCACCAAUUUAGCCUUGCAGGUCCGCAAGACUUCCAACAGUACAUCGAACAGAGCACCACGCUUCGUUUCCCUGGUACAGUCGGGUAGGCUAGAGCGGCGUUCGAGCAGAGUUACCAGCCUCAAACUGGUUGAGGCGUUGACAGAAAAGAAGACCAUCAGCUUUUCCGAGGCUAGGCAACUGUUGGAUCUUCUUAUCUACGCAGGGCGGAGGAAAGCGGCGUGGAAGUGGUUCCAGGGUCUUCAGCAACGCGAAACCUCCGGACAAUACAUGGCAUUAGGAAACAUGUUGCUUCAUGGAGAACUUUUUCGUCGGAACUGUCGCAACGCGCGACAGGUUCAGCAAGUCCUUGCGUCCUUGACCAGGCUGGUACGAGAGUAUGGGUUUAUCCCUGACCGCGUCACGGUCAAUAUCUUGGUGAAAGCCAUUCUGGGAUGGAAGAGAGCCAUCAGCAGUCAGCAUGUUCAAGCCCUCUUCGAUACGCUGCUGGCGAGCGGUUACCCGGCUGGUACACACGUUUUGCGUGCAGGCACAGUGUUUGGUACGGAGCGAUCUCUGUUCCGCCCGGGACACUUGCUGCCUAAGGUUACGUCGCGCAUUUCUUUCAGACGGCAUGUGCGAUUGGCUUUGCGUGUGGCACGGCCAAGGCACGGGGGUUGCCGAUUCAGAGCGCCGGCCUUUCCUCCAGCGCAAACUUGCGGAUGCCUUGCAGAGCUUGGAUGAAGCCGUUGGGUCUAUCUCUGACUCGAGCGCUCAACCACCACCUGCAAAACGACCUCGCGUAGCACGAUCUAUAUACUCGACCCUCGCAAAGUAUGGAAUAAGAACCAAAACCGACGCCCCCUCUUCAUCCAUCAAACGAACAGAAUCAUUGUCGAAAGCCCCUCACCUGAGUGCUAUACUCUCUCGAGCCGCCACCCGAACUCGCAAGGCCCUGCCUUUCAGGUUCUCCUCUGACGAUGCAUCACUCAGCGCGUCCCCAUCCUUUGGCGACUACCGUCCCUCGUCUACGCAGUCUUUCAUGCUACGCCUCGGAACCUACAAGCUACCAACAUACUCCAACAAGCCCAGCGCCAUCGACGCCGUGGCCGCAGCAAAGUGUGGUUGGAUAAACGACGGGAAGGAAAGACUGGUGUGUGGAUUGUGCAACGCGUCAUGGGUCCUGGCAGGCCGUGAAGGGCUUUCGAGAGAUGCGGCGAAUGCGCUCGUGGAGAAGCAACGUAUUGGUCUUGUUCAGAACCAUAAAGACGGAUGUCCAUGGAAGACACGACAAAGCGACGAUGGGGUAUAUCGAAUACCUUUGAGAUCUCCCGCUGCUAUGGCCAGGGACCUCAAAGCUCGUGCAAUCCAGUUAGACCCACUUCUCCAAGGUGUGCAGAUCAAGCAUCCCGUGACAUCCACGCAGGUGCAAGCACUUGUCUCUACGAUCCGCUCCGUCUCUGCCAAACCGCCAUCAUGGGAUCUCGACCUAGAAAAAGAUGGAUCCACCGAGCAACGAUCCCCAGAGCACCCAGCAGAGCCUGAGCCUGAGCCGUCCGAGACCGCUGUCUUGGCAUCCCUCUUCGGCUGGGACAUAGCGCCGCCGCCGCCUACACCGACUCGGCGCACCUCUUCAUAUUCAUGUUCGCGUUCAAGCUCAAUAGCUCCCUCAAGGCCUGGAACACCAUCGCCCUGUCAUCCGCCCUCCAUCAGCGUUCUCUGGCGAAAUGAGCGCGCCCAGACACCCUCCAUAUCGCUGCCGAAAAGACUUGGUUCUCACUUGCAGGGUGCUCCUAGUUCGACGAGGAGCGCGUCUGUUGGGAGCAAACGCGAGGCGACAGUCCUGUAUUGUCCAAUGUGCCAAAGGCGCGUGGGGUUAUGGGCCUUUGCUCCUCCGAGUGAUGGUGCAGCGAGUCCUGGCGCGUCAACGCCUUCCGCUAGCUCGGUGCCUCGGCACACGAGACCACAGAGGCAGUUCGACUUGCUCCUGGAACACCGGAACUAUUGCCCCUACGUCGUGAAGUCAACGGUUGUCCCUUCGCUUUCAUCGCAACCCCAGAACUUGAUCAUGAAUUUCGGCUCAAUGUCGCAAAGCCAGAGUAGUGGUGCCGUCGAAGGGUGGAGGGCGGUGCUACAGGUUAUUUCACGGUACGGACUGGCGGAGAGGCGCAGGCGCAAGUCAACAAGGCAGUUGGGCGUGACUGGGAAUGAAAAUGGCGCGAGUACCGAGGAGGCUGAGGGGCACGUACAGGAUGAAUCUGAUAUGAUCGUCGACAGCGUGGAGGCAAUGGUCGCUGACGUGAAGACUCGCGGGGGCAAGGAUAUCCUAAAGUACGUCAAAGGGUUGCUCGGAUGAGCGUUGUUGCCUUGUUUGCGCUCGUCUUUGUUCCCGUGUUCUUUGCUUGUGUCUGUACAUGUAUCCUGUGGAAUUCUGCAUGCUUUAAAUGUCAUGUCCCGGCGCUUGUCUACAUC